CUUUUGCAGACAAGGAAUUUGCCAGCGAGAGAGACGCGGGGAUUUGCCUGAGAGCGCGGCCCGUGCGUGUCGGGCAGUUCACAGACAGGGCGCGGAGCCUCGUAAACUCCAGCCAGGCCGGGAGGAGUUAGCGGGCGGCCCGGGACGGGCUCCAGCCGCGGCCGGGAGCUCCGGGGCAGAGUCACUCGGGAAGGCUCCUUGCUCUCUCCCGCCGCAAGAAAAAGGAGAAAAGUCCAGUCCACAUCCGACUGGGACGCACGAAGGCUCCUGGGAUACAGGAAAGCCCUGGAGGACACACACAGUCCCCGCCUCGCACGCGGUGACGCCUCCGAUUGCUCUCCCGGCGCUGCGACUGGGACGUGCGUCCCUCCCUGCGUGCCGUGGCAGGUCUGGUCAUCGCAAUGAGCCCACCGAUCGCCCGAGAAGCUCGAGCUCUGAGACAAGGAAGAGACACCCGUUAACCCCCAAGACGGCUGCGUUUCACAAACUUGAAGGAGACAAAAGCUUUUCCUCCCCGGAACCUGUGAAGAUGCCCCUCUCCCGGGGAGGUGACAGCUGAAGAGGACGCCUCCUCCCAGCCCCUGGGGACUUGCUCGUGGAUCCCAGCCCCUGGGGACUUGCUCGUGGAUCGCACUGUCCUCCGAGGAACCAUGGGGAAGCUGCUGCCCCUCUGCUGCUGGUACUCGUGGCUGCUGCUGUUCGACUGUGACUUUCAGGUGCGCGGAGCCCACUCCAGGUCGCAGGACCACCCAGGGUUUGAGGUCUUGGCUUCUGCUUCCCAUUACUGGCCGCUGGAGAACGUGGACGGGAUCCGUGAACUGCAGGACACGACCGGAGCGUUGCGAACCCACAACCUCACUGUGCUCCCUCCCCAUAACUCCACCUUUGUGCACACCAAUGACUCUGCCUACUCAAAUUUCUCUGCAACCGUAGAUAUCGUAGAGGGGCGGGUCAACAAAGGCAUCUACCUCAAGGAGGAGAAAGGGGUCACGCUGCUCUACUACGGCCGGUACCAGAGCUCCUGCAUCAGCAACCCGGCGCGCUGCGGCCCCGAAGGGGUCACCUUUUCUUUUUUCUGGAAGACGCAAGGAGAACAGUCCCGACCGGCCCCUUCUGCGUACGCUGGGCAGGUCAUUUCCGACGGGUUCAAAGUCUGCUCCAGCGGCGGCAAAGGCUCCGUGGAGCUGUACACGCGGGACAACUCCAAGACGUGGGAGGCCACCUUCAGCCCGCCUGGCCCCUACUGGACUCACGUCCUGUUUACCUGGAAGUCCAAGGAGGGCCUGAAAGUCUACGUCAACGGGACCCUGAGCACCUCUGAUCCGAGCGGGAAGGUGUCCCACGCCUACGGGGACCCCGACGUCAACCUGGUGAUAGGGUCCGAGCAGGACCAGACCAAGCGCUACGAGAACGGGGCGUUCGACGAGUUCAUCAUCUGGGAGCGGGCGCUGACCCCCGACGAGAUCGCCAUGUACUUCACAGCCGCCAUUGGAAAGCAUGUUUUGUCGCCGUCCACCCCGCCAAGCCUCGGUGUGACCCCCACAGCGAGCACCGCGGUGCCCACCGACGCCUACCACCCCAUCAUAACCAACCUGACAGAGGAGAGGAGAAACUUCCAGAGCCCCGGAAUUGUGCUGAGUUACCUUCAGAACGUGUCCCUCAGUUUACCCAACAAAUCCCUGUCGGAGGAAACGGCGCUGAAUCUCACCGAGACCUUCCUGAAGGCCGUGGGAGGGGUCCUGCUACUGCCCGCAUGGCCUGACGUGGCAGAGGACGGCAGAGUGGUGCUGGGCUUGGUCGACACCAUCGACACCGUCAUGGGCCACGUAUCUUCCAACCUGCAGGCCAGCGAGCCCCAGGCCACCAUCGAGGGCUCCUCCUCCGUGGCGGAGUUCGCUGUGGCCAAAGUCCUUCCCAGGGCCAUGAACUUCUCCCACUUCCGCUUCCCGGCCCGAGGGCAGAGCUACAUCGAGAUCCCCCAGGAGGCCUUCCGUGGCCAUGCCUGGGCCACCAUCGUGGGGCUUCUCUACCACACGGUGCACAGCUCCCUCAGCCGCAUCCCGCCCGCCAGCACCAGGAUUGCGGGGGCGGCGAGCUGCAGAGGCUGCUUCCUGUCUGCCGCCAGCGCCCUGAUCUCGCUGGAGGUCUCCCCACCGCCGACCCUCUCCCGGAACCUGUCGGGGUCUCCGCUCGUCACCGUCCAGCUCAGCCACACGCUGACUCGCAAGCAGCACAGCGAGGCCACCAACGGGAGCAACCGAGUCUUCCUGUACUGCACCUUCCUGGACUUCAGCUCCGGAGAGGGCGUGUGGUCGAACCAGGGCUGCGCGCGCGUCGGGGGGAACCUCACCUACUCCAGCUGCCGCUGCACGCACCUCACCAACUUCGCCAUCCUCAUGCAGGUGGUCCCGCUGGAGCUCACACGUGGACACCAGGUGGCACUGUCGUCCAUCAGCUACGUGGGCUGCUCCGUGUCCGUGCUCUGCCUGGCAGCCACGCUGGCCACCUUCGCCCUGCUGUCCUCUGUCAGCACCAUGAGGAACCAGCGCUAUCACAUCCAUGCCAACCUGUCCUGUGCCAUGCUGGUGGCCCAGGUCCUGCUGCUCGCCAGCUUCCGCCUCGAGCCAGGCACGACGCUCUGCCGGGCGAUGGCCGUGCUGCUGCACUACUUCCUCCUGAGCUCCUUCGCCUGGAUGCUGGUGGAAGGGCUGCACCUCUACAGCAUGGUGGUCAAGGUCUUCGGGUCGGAGGACAGCAAGCACCUCUACUACUAUGGGAUGGGAUGGGGCUUCCCUCUCCUGAUCUGUGUCAUCUCAAUGGCAUCUGCCAUGGACAGUUACGGGACAAGUGACAACUGCUGGCUGUCCCUGCGGAGUGGCGCCAUCUGGGCCUUCGUCGCCCCUGCCCUGUCGGUCAUCGUGGUCAACGUCGGCAUCCUCGUCGCUGUGACCAGGGUCAUCUCGCAGAUCAGCGCCGACAACUACAAGAUCCACGGGGACCCCAGUGCCUUCAAGCUGACGGCGAAGGCUGUGGCCGUGCUGCUGCCCAUCCUGGGGACCUCGUGGGUCUUCGGCGUCCUCGCCGUCAACGACCGGGCCCUGGUCUUCCAGUACGCGUUCGCCGUACUCAACUCCCUGCAGGGACUUUUCAUCUUCCUCUUUCAUUGUCUCCUGAACUCAGAGGUGAGAGCCGCCUUCAAGCACAAAACCAAGGUCUGGUCCCUCACGAGCAGCUCCACCCGCCACGCCAACGUGAAGCCCUUCCACUCGGACAUUAUGAACGGGACCCGGCCGGGCACGGCCUCCACCAAGCUCAGCCCGUGGGACAAGAGCAGCCAUUCCACCCACCGCGUGGACCUGUCUGCCGUGUGACCGGGGGCCGCUCCCCGCCAGGCCUGCCGCUCGGAGCAGCCCCUCCCGGGCAGGACAGACAGAUGCCCACCUUCCCCAUGGGACCCUCUCCUCACUGCCGUC